CCACUUUACACAAUUAAUCUCCAUGCAAUAUCGCAAAUUAUUGACUUCCCAAAAAAGAUAUCAUUGAAGAAGGAAAGAAAAAGGACUCUAUUUUUUACCCUCCUGAAAAGAACUGUGGGCUCCAAUUUCAAUUCUACAAUAAGCGCUUCACGUGUGAUAAAUUCGGGUCACUCGUUGGCCUUUAUAUUAGUAGCUUGUGUACUUUUCCAAUUCAAGAAACUGGAAAGUAAAUUUUAAAUUAUCGAACUCGAUUCAUUGCUAUCGUAUUUGACAUUCGUGGGUCGAGGAGAAUUAAUGAAGGUGAAAUAGGUAAAAAAAAAUUGCGAGCCAGGUAUUUACACACAAUGUAUAUAACGUAGAUAUGAAUAAGUAUACACAUAUAUCUUCCUUACGUAUACCUUGAGCAAGACAAAUCGGGAUCUCAGACAAGAAAGGCGAUCCAAUAACAUUCCAUCAGGUGUAUCGAUUUUAUUUCUACCGGGGUGUUGUCAAAUUCGAAAAAUCUGUCAGCGAUAUUUGCUCAGCGAGUGUAAGCGAUCCGAUCUGUGGACAUUUUGGCAAGGAGUAAAAAAUGUGGACACUUUCACCACAGAGACAUAGAAACGGAUCACCAUGUUAAAAAAUCCAUUUUACAACAUCUCCAGUGUAGGGAGUGGAGAGAGUGUUUUCAUAUACCCGCUAGAUGGCUCUGUUUCGCUGCUUGGAUCAGGCACAAAGGAUCUAGUUGUGCACCGUCUACGUCCGCCGCCAGGGGGAGUUAAACCAAAACACGUGGUACAUCAUGGAGUGAUGAAGUACCGAACUAUGGAGGAUUCCAAGGCGGAUAAACACAGGAAAGGGAUCCUGAAGAAUUCCACCGGAAGUCCGUUAAACGGACAGGAUGGCUCGUUUCAAAAAUUGGAUGUGUCUAAAAUUCAGUGUGUUCUUAAGAAAAGGAAAACGUCUGCAAAUGAGAAGCAUUCCAAUAGUUCGCAAGGAUCAAAGAGUCAGAAAAAAGUUAAAUUUGACGAUAAACUAAAUAAACUAACAGAACUAGGCAUGAAAUACGCCGUGGAUCCGGGCAUGCGCAUUCGACCGCCUGAUCAUACGUCACAAAUCCGGCGACAACAACAAAUGCAGCGAGUUUCAAUUAAAAGUACGGACAAAUCUCGUGACACAGUCAAAAUAUCGGAUGUCUACGAUUUGCGAGAUUCAUCUGAAAACAGAACAAUGUCUCCCCGCUCUCUGUCAAAAUCUACGUCAACAAACAGCGGAAGUGUGAAUCGGCGAACAUCCGGUGAUUCCUAUCCCCUUAUUGAAGCUGAGGUGGAUGACUUUGUUCGGGUAGAAUUCUGUGAAGACGGAGUAAUUCCAACCUAUAACCCCCGCGAGGCGCCUAAUCCCGCGGGUCAGGAAACUGGUAGUGGGAUCCAUUCGGGUGAACCUAGCAACAGACUGAUCGAAAAUGGCAUUCCGGUUUUUACCAAAACCGGCAAAUUCGUCAGGACAACGAAAGUUAACGGUAACGUACGAGAAAAGAGAAACGACAACGAGACCGACGACAUUGUAAGACCGGAUAAACCCAGCUAUCGCUUAGCUUCAGAACCUUUCCAAAAAGUUAAAGCUGUUCCGAUCCCGGCAGAAUCCAAACGAGUGUCAUCUGCGCAAAAGUCUUCCAGGAAAACUACAACAAAUAGUUCCGGUGGUGCUAAAAUCACUCGAUCUAACGUGAAGCCGUUUAUGUUCACUCGUUACAGUAAGGACCAUGACCCCCAAACGUCACCGAAACCAAUCAGUAACAGCCAGAGAAAUUUCUGUGAUGACGGGAAAACAUACGACAUCUUGAAAUGGCUGACUAGCGUGAAGGAGGUUCAGACUUUGGAAGGUUUCUCGAGUUUUCACAUCGAAAACGGUGUUCGCAACCCGUAGGUCACGUGAUUUUAAUAUAUGUAGCUUAUAAAUAGUAUCAGUAUUAUUAAAUGUAGCUGUCAACCCAGGUGCUUCUAAGUGUCUCAGCUCUGUUAAUGAUUUUUGUUUACAGUUUUUGUUGAGUUUAUUGUUAUUCAUCAUACAUAUUCAGGUUUUAUUUAUAUUUGACUGACAUAUUUCUUCUUAAUUUAGUAUUUUUUUUUCACAUUUAGUAUUUAACAUGAUCAGUCAAUUUUUUUAGUCUUGUUGUCCCUGCAUAUAUAAUUUUAGUACUCAUAAUAUUGAGUUUGUAAGACUUUAAAUUGAUAAACACCUUCAGUUUUAAGAUUUAUAAAAUGACAAGCUUGGCGAGAAUGAGACAUUGCAUAUUAACUAUCAUUCAAACUAUUUUUUCCUUUCUCUCACUAAUGAAAGCAAUUUUCAUUACAAGUCAUUUUUUUUUACAAUGAAAAAUAUGUCAGUUAAAAUUGUUAAGUCAGUUAAUAGUUCUGGGAUCAAUAUUUGAUAAGUAGGAUUGCAUUACCAGGAAGCGCUUAUUUUUGCGUGAAGGUUUUCCUUAAUAGCGACCACCUGACCUAUUUUCAUUGGUUGUUAAAGUAAUAUGCUUUUUUGUUUGUCAUUGCAUCACAUUUCGAUCAGUAUUGGUGAGAGCACAGACAUUUCAUGGCACCAAAUACAUUCACACAAUCGUGCAGCUAACUUAUAUACACACAACAGUCGUCAAAAUUCAAACUGUUUAAAAAAAAAAAGGUGGGAAGGAAUGUAAGUUAUUUUAACUUUUUAUAUUAGAGUUAUUGUCCAAUGUAUUGCAUCGCCAUAAGACUGAAUGUUGAUUUUUGUUCUUCAUUUUCGCCAUUUUCUUUUAAAGAACAAUUUUCAGCAUACACGGUAAUACCCGGUAAGUCUGUCAGCUUAUGAAAACACAAUGUCAGAGUCAUCAUCCAAUGUCCAUCGCCAUAAGACUGCUGGCUGUGAAUGGUGAUUUCUGUUCUUUAUUUUCGCGAUUUUCUUUUAAAGAACAAUUCUCAGCAUACACUGUAAUAUGUCAGCUCAUGAAAACACAAUGCAUUGCUUGGUCGGUAUCUUGUUCUUUAUUUCUUUUUUCGUACAAAGAACGAUAAUUCAAGCUUGCUCUGUGUCAAUUUGUAUGUGCAGAGUUGUCGUUCUUCUGUUUUGCUUUUGUUGAAGAACACACAACUGAUCUGCCAUGAAAACCCGAAUUUUUAGAUAUUCAAUUUUGAAGAUUUUUUUCAAAAUAGUGCUUAACAUAUUUACAAAAAAUGAGUGAUUAUUUAUUUUAACGUGAUUUAUAAUCCCUUUUCCAAACUUUAUUUUAACAGAAUUUUACGAUAGACAUCUAGUCGAAUAUCAGCAAUUAAAUUGAAUAAAAAAUCAGUUAAUAAUCUUAACUCCCUGAUCGGCAUAUUUUCGAGAGAGAUAUAUAAAAAGAAUAUAUGUACAUUUUUGUGUAGAUAAGUAAAAUUGUUACAUGAACAUUUUGCACUGUCUCACAUUCUUUCGAUGUAAUUUGUAUGUAAUGUCAACUGAUGGAAAUUAUUUAUUCUUUGUACACAUUUGGUUUUUUUUUAAUUAUUUCAUAAACUUUUGAAUAAAUAUAUAUGACUAGUUU